AUGGUCGAAGAGACAAAUGCCUUUGAGGGUCCAGAGAAGUUGUUGGAAAUUUGGUUUUAUCCCAAAAAGACCGAAGUGCCGCACGCUGAAAGAUCUUUAAGAAGUAUUGAUCACAGCAAAUGGAAAGAACUCUUGGAACUUGUGAAAUGCGAAAUUUUGUCCACUUUCAGUACCGAUGAUAUGGACUGUUUUUUGCUCAGUGAAUCUUCUAUGUUUGUAUUUGAUCAUAAAUUAAUGUUGAAGACUUGUGGUACAACUACCACUCUUCUAUGUUUACCUAAACUUUUUGAACUAAUCAAUAUGGAAUUAGAGUGGAAUUUCCAAUUCCGUGAUGACCUCACUGGAGAAAUAAAGAAUCAUCCUUAUAAAGUAUUCUACUCCCGUAGAGCUUUUAUGUUCCCAGAAAAUCAACGGUCAAUUCACCGAAGCUGGAAUGAUGAAGUCAAUUAUUUGAAUCAGUUUUUCAUCACAGGCAAAUCCUACGUUGUAGGAAGAAUUGAUCAAAACGACCAUUGGAAUUUGUAUGUGACUAAGACCAAUGAUGCGUUAUGCAGUGGACCAGAUAACGCCCAAGAAGAUGAUUUCACUCUGGAGAUCUUGAUGACCGAUUUGAGCCGUUCUCAUGCUCAGAGAUUUGUUACUGAUGAGCCAGAUCAUAUGGACGGCCAUAUCAUCGGUACCAAGAUGACCAAUAAGACAGCUAUCAACAAGAUCUAUGAUUUCGAUGCAAACAAGAUUAGCUUCAAACAAGAUUCUUACGGGUUUCAGCCAUGUGGUUAUUCUUGUAACAUGGUGUUAAACCAAUCAUAUUACUACACUAUUCAUGUGACACCAGAACAGGACUGGUCAUAUGCCUCUUUCGAGAGUAACGUCUUAUUGAACAAAAUUGACACCACCUCCACUCAAUUGGAUGUUAUCAAUAACGUCUUAAAUAUCUUCCAACCACUAGAUUUUUGUUUGACUAUGUUCAUCAAGACAGAAAGUGCAGAAUGUGUUGAUGCAAAGUUCCCAUAUAACAAGGUAGCCAACUACGAAAAGCAGGACAGAAUUGUCCACGAUCUGGACGACUACCAAUUGAUUUAUAUUAGAUAUUCAAAGAUAUGA